AUGCGCCCACUAGAAGAGGGGAGGGAGGGAGGUGGGAUUGAAGGCGGAGCUAUUUUUUCCGCGCGUUCAGCGCCGCCAUUCCGCUCGGCGGCUUUCCGCGCUAGAAGCGCUCUCCCGCUUUCGCGCGCCCCCAUGGCGGCCCUUUCCAAUCUCUUUGACAAUAAUCCCUUCCGCCGCGCCGCCGUACCCUCCGCGCCUUUCCCAGGCCUUGGCUCUGCAGCUGCGCCCGCCGGGAAAACCCCCCCACCUUCCGCGCGCACAGGGCCCUCCCCAUCUGCAAGGCUGAGCGCUGCGCUUGCGGAAGCCGCUGCGCUCCGGAGGCACGCGGGGAAAGGGGAGGGAGAAGCUGAAGUAAGAGAGAAGAGCGGAAAGAAGUCGAAGAAGCGCAAAGGGAGCGAGACGGAUGGGGGCGGAGGAGUGAGUCGAGGGGACGCUGCGAGCGGGGCACAGCCGAAUGUGGGGAAGAAGAAGAAGAGAAGGAAGGGGGAGGAGGGUGAGAAGCAAAAGAAGGGGAAAAAGGACGUUCUAGCGAGCGGAAGUGAGGGGAAGACAGAUUUGGAACGAGAAGAGAUUACAGCGGAAGCCGGUAAGAAUAACGAUGAAAAGAACAAGAAGAAGCUGAAGAAGAAGACACGGAAGGAGAAGAAAGGGAGGGCGAAGGACAGCACACGGAAGGUUCAGGGUUCUGGGCUUAAUACCCAUUCUGAGAAUGAGAGGCGGGAGACGGACAGUGGGGAUGAGGGAGCGGAUGACGCGGAAGAGAUCGAAGAGGAGGAGGCGGGGGAUGUGGCGGAGUUAAUGAGCGAAGAAGAAGAAGAAGAAGAAGGUGCGGCGCAUCAUGGGGAGGAGGAUGUAGAUGCUCAGAGCGGCAGCAGCUCAAGCAAGGGCACGGCGAAGGCAGCAGCAGGGGCGGCGGCGGCGGGGGGGGAGGGGGCGGCGGCGGCGGGGGCGGCGGAGGCGGAGCGGGCGUUGACCGGGGCGGAGAGGCGCGCGCAGAAGCGCGCGGAGAAGCAGCAGGCGCGCGAGGAGCGCGAGGAGAAGCUGCGGCGCACGGUGUUCGUGGGGAACCUGCCCGUGGGCGUGGGGCGCAAGGCCCUCGCGCGCCUCUUCACGCCCUUCGGCCCUGUCGAGUCCGUGCGCCUGCGCUCCAUGCCCCUCGCUGAUGACAUUAAGAAGAUGCCACGUCGGUCUGCGGUGCUCAAGAACAAACUCUCCGCCACCAACAAGAGCUGCAAUGCAUACGUGGUGUUUAAGAGGCAAGACUCCGUCACACCAUCACUCGCUCUCAACAUGACCCUGUUUGAGGGGAGGCACAUUCGUGUGGAUCGUGCCGCUGCUCCCGCACCCGUCAAGUCCGCCACUGCAUCUGCGGCAGCAGCAGAGGAAGCAGCAGUGCCGGCAGCAGCAGCAGCCAAGUAUGACCCGAAGCGGUCGCUGUUCCUGGGGAACCUGCCCCACGACGUUGAUGAAGAGGAGGUGCUAUCGCUGUUCUCAGCACCCCUAGCAGCAGCAGCGCGCUCCUCAGCACCUGCGGUGACAGCAGGGGAUGUGGAGGGGGUGCGCGUGGUGAGGGAUCGCCACACCAACCAGGGCAAGGGCAUUGCUUUUGUACUCUUCAAAACACGGGAGGCAGCGAGGACAGCACUGUCUCAGCGGCGCAAGGGAGCAGAGAAGCUUGCAGAGAUGAUGCCGAGAGGGAAGGCACUGAGCAAGAGAGGAGGGGCGGCGGUGGCUGGGAGAGGACGGGGAGGGAAGGCGGCAGGGCGAGGCAGGAGAUAG